AAUACGUUCUCUGUACGACAACAAAUAUUUGACGUUUAGUGUCAGCGGAUAAGAAAAAUACAGAUUGGCUAAAUAAUUAAAUUUCUUUUAUUAAUUCAACUAGUCCAAUAACAAUGAUACAUCAUAGGAUAUAAAAUAAUACGUUUUGUCUUUCUAAGUGAAAAGUUUAAGCCAAAACAAAUAACUUAUUGUUGUGCUACAUAAAAACAAAAGUAAUCAGUGCUAGUGAAAGUAUUGUAGGGGCGUAGGUGCAUGUGUGUGUUUGCUGGAAGUGGCACUUUGAACAAGAGAAAAGUGCCAAAGCAUUCCUUUUGUGAACUUUCCACAUAAUUAAACUAUUUUGGCAGCGAACAGUUAAAAUCCAUACACUGUUUUAGCAUAAUAUUAUCGUCCUCAUUAUUGUCCUUACCCCUUUACAAAUGUUUUCCGUUGCACAGCGUUCACAAAUAAAAAACGGAUAAAUGCGUGCAAAUGUUAGUUUGAUGUUGUCGCAUGGAGUUAGUGAACCGAUCAUGUCGCGUCCGGAUUACGAACAAAAUGCGCUACAUCACGGUUGCUUAUCGGUGCUAUUGCGUGGUGUAGGGCCAUCGAAGCCACGUUCGCUGCAGAAGGCGUUUGAUAAGGUGCGCCGCGUCAGCAAUGUAAAAAUAAAUGACUCAACAGGUAUUACACGUGAUAUUUGGGUGCGCUACAUACAUGAUCAUCCUGUGGAAAACAAUGAUUGGGGCGAUUUUCAAACACAUCGACGCUUGCUGGGCCUAAUCACUAUUGGCAAAUUUGAAAAUCAAACCGAAUUAAAUGAGCUUUGUAGACAACAUGAAUCGCUUAAAGUGCGCUACAGUGGUACACUAUAUGACUCACGUGCAAUAUUUUUCGGUCCAUCACCAACACAAGCGCCUGAAAACAUAAAUUCGGCCGGUGGUGAUCAACAAUUCAGGGAGACAAGCAACUCCACCGUUCACGAUAGUGUUAAUCUGAAUUCUAAUAGCGUAACAAAUCAUUGUGCACGUCUGGAGGAUGAAUAUACCACACCAUCCAAUUUUAAGGCGCAAGCAUUUUUCUAUCGCGAACAAGAUUCUUGCAGUGAUUUAGAAUCACACAUAGCCGAGUUCAUACAUGCGCUUUUCUGGGUGUUGGAAUCAAAGCGUUUGGAUAGAUCGCGCGAAAAGGUGGAGAAAGUAAGUUUACUGUCUGCACCUUUCGAGAAACGCAGCUUUGUUGGGCUGGACAUGGACUCACGCAGCAAUCGUAAACGCUGUGUGGGACGUGUCACCAAGAAUUUGGCGGACUUAUCGCUACAAGCGGGACUCGUGGUCGAUGCGCUCGGCUUAUACCACAGCGCUUGCGAAACUUUGCGUGCCAUAGGCGAUUUAUUGUGGGUGGGCGCUUCGGAAGAAGGUUUGUGUUCAGCGUCAGCAAUACUUUUAUAUCCACAUUUGCGUGAGAGCGAAACGUUACAUCGAAACACGUCCUUGCAGGAUGGUCCUUCACCUUUGCGCAACACACCGGAAAAAUGGCGUGCCAGCGAUGCAACGGUCAAAGUGCACGCUCCAGAGCACCAGCACAAUUCGCACACAGACGCUCAAGCCAAUACACCCACUGUGCUCUUGACCUCAGCAUCAUCGUCUUGCUCUUCAGUUUCUUCCCUUUUAACAAAUUCUUCAACUUCCGGCACGCCGUCAUCGUCUUCGUCUACAUCCACUAUUUCUGCGGCGCAACAUGGUGCGCGUGCCAGCGAGUUGCCCAGCAACAUACUGAAACCCGAAGAACUUAACGGCUACUACAGGCGUGCAAUUAUAAAUUAUAGCAAAUAUGGACCGGCCGCUGUUAUUGAGACUGAGGCGGCGUUGAAAGCGGCGCGCAUUUCAAUUGAACAAAAUCGGCCAUUAGACGUUGCUAUGUUUCUGCAAAAUAUACUCUAUUUGAAUGUGAACAUGAGCGAACCGGAGCGUGUGAAACGUUUCGAAGUGAUCACCGAUUUGUACCACCAGAUCGGUUAUCGACGCAAAGCGGCCUUCUUUCAACGCCUAGCAGCGCUCAAAUAUGUACAACAAGGUAAUCCCAAUCCCGAUUGGUCGCAGACCUACCGGCUGAUGUUGGACAGCUUUUCCGGUUAUUUACUUUCGCUCGACCCCAUGGAGGUGAUCGACAAUGCGGCCGGUUGGCCAGCGCUACAAAUCGAUUUGCUGCAAGGUGUAAUUGCCGCGGCACGUCGUCUGGGUCAGUCGGCGUUAGCGACACGUCACAUGACCUUCCUACUGCAGACACAGUGGGCGCAUAUGACACCAACGGAGCAGAGUGAAAUGUCUGUACAAUUGCAGAAUUUAAGUGCGCAAUGUGAGGGUUCACCUGUGCCGUUGGUGCUGGAAAACGGCACUGUCAUACCACCAGCCAAUCUAACGGAUUUACCCUAUUGCAUGGAUCUGGUUGUGCGCGAUUUGCCGGCACAUCUGCGGCCGCAGCGUAUAAAAAUCGUGAAAGCCGAUAGUGGACCCUUCCUAUUCACACCCAUACAUCUGAAUUCGAUGGAUAGACGUGAAAAGAAGAAGGAAAAGAAUAAAAUUGCCUUUCUCUGGGUACAAAACAAUCUAAGCGAGGUGACACUACGCCUGCGCAAUCCAUUACCAUUCGAGUUGACUGUCAGCGACAUGCGACUGCUCACCAAUGGCAUCGUUUUUGAAUCGCUGCCACAAACGGUAAUUUUGCAACCACAUGUACCGACCACGGUGACACUACACGGCACACCCAUUGAGGUGGGUCAGCUGGAGGUGCAAGGCUACAGCACACACGCACUGGGUGUCAAGUCCAAUUGUCGUUUGAAAAACAUGCGUGGACGCAAAUUUCCACCCAAUUAUCUAGUGGAUGUGAUACCGGCGUUGCCGCGCAUUUCCGUUAAGACCUCAUUACCACAAACGGCCACUUUCAGUCAGCUGGCAAGUUCCGACAUUGUUAUCACAUCCGCCAGUUUAACUUUGUACAACGGUGAGUCGUCAACGUGCGUAGUAACCAUCACAAAUGACAGCGCGCUCGCCGUGGAACAUCUGGAGAUCAGCAUCAAUUCGAAUGUGGAACAGGAGGUGCAGAAGAAAAUAUUCACAAUCGAUGAAAAGGACUUGCAAUCAAAACUUCCCAUACAACCCAAUAGCUCAAUCGAUUUUACGGUGCACAUUUAUGGCGAAGCUGACUUCGUCUGUCCCCUAGUAAGUCAACGCGCUGCUUCCGUGCAUUCGAGCAGCACAGUGACGGCGGCAUUACAAGCAGAUUAUGCGGGCGCCACAAUGGGUGCUGGCCCCUAUUCAUUGCAGUACUCGACACUUUCAUCGUCCGGACACGCGAGCCUGCCGUCGCGUGUUAGUUCGCCCAAUCAACAGCAAACAUCGUAUAAUCGACGCAAUGAUCCGAAUAAUCUGAGUUUUCGUUCGUCCACGUCGGGCGGCACGCCCUCAUUGGCGGCGCUCAGUUUGCCGCCCGCUGGCGCGCAGGGCAGCAGUCAGGGCUAUGGACAACAUGUAGAGGCGCAGUUUCGUGUGAAGUAUUCCGGUGGUGAGGCCAUGGAACAGGGUUAUUGUCGCCAGUGUGCAAUUUCAUUCAAUAUUGAGUUGUUGCCGAGCGCGCAAAUAACCAGCUGGGAUGUGCUGCCGGCGGAAAUUCCUUCACAAUUUUAUUUGGUGCUGGAUGUGUCCAAUUUGACCGCCCAGGAAAUGUCGCUCAAUUACACCAACAACAAGAGUAUACUGAUCGAAGCCAAAGAGAGUUGUCGUGUGCCAAUACCAGUCGAUCGCUGUUCGUUGGAGCAAGUAGUGGCCGCACGUGAAGCGGAAUAUGCGGAGAAUAUGGAGAAGGACCUUUGCUAUCGCACACAACUGCUCUCAUUCAGCGACAGUAUUAGUAAAUUAUGCUCCGAGCAUAUAGCAGAACGUGUGAAAAUCAGUUGGUUGCUCACCGGUACCGAUAUACAGGGUAUAGCCUCAUUGCAUGGCAUCGUGCUGACAGCCGCCAUGAUCGAUUUGACAACCGUAUCGCCGCUGCAAUGGACGGUGUCCUUCCAAAAUACACCCGUUCAACCGCAAUCGGAAAUUGUCUGCGCUGCCGGUCAAAGCGCCAUAUUGAAUGUGAGCGUAAGCAAUCAGUCGGCGCAACCGUUACGCAAUCUUGUGCUCACCAUUAAAUUCUAUCAGGAUUACUUGAAUGGCAUGGAGAAUUACAAUUUAGAUACACGCGUUGCCAUAUCCGGGCCGAGUAGAGUUUCAAUACCGCUUCUACAGAAACACGCACAAAUUCAACACGAAUGUACCGCAAUCUUUUUCACACCUGGUCGCUUCAAGGCCAGCAUACAAUGCUGUUCCAAGCCACAGGCUGCAACGCAAACGGCACGUGCCUCAGUGUUGGACGGCAAAAUGCCCGCUGUACAAGUGAACGACAUUGUUGGCAGCGCCGCUAGCUAUCAUGAGCAGCAGGAGCACAUAUGGAAGUUUAUACCGCCUAUUGAAGUUACCGUUAUCGAGCAAUAAUGCAAUAUGCGCAUAGUUAAUAGUAUUUAUAGGUAAAAAGUAUGCAACGGUUGUGCUCAACGCGUUGUUUGUUUGUUAGCUUUACGCGACGCGCUGGCAAAGACAAAAAAGUCCAAAAAGCUUACGCAAAACCACGUUGAAAUAUACAUACACAUACAUACAUACAUAUAACAUAAUUUGAAUGCGCUGUUCGAAAAGCGCAGCUUUAAAAUCAGCGUAUUGUUUAUAUAUAUAUAUAACUAUAAAUACAGAUAUAUAUAUUUUUUUUCUUAUAACAGUCGUGUGUGUAUUUAGUGUGCUCAUUCUAAUACGUUUAGCCAAUUGAAAUAAGCGAGCUAUGCCUUUAGCAAGGACAUAAGACGGAUGCGUGUAGUAAGAAUUGCCUAUUUACAUAUUUAAAACAAAAAGAAUAAAUAAUUAAGUUUGGCUUAUUUGCUGCACAGGUUAGUAUAACUAAUAAUACGGCUACUCUUUGCUUGUUUUGUUUUGUUAUUAGUAUGCGCUUUAUGUAAAAGUUUAUUUAGUUGUUUGUUAUUAAUAUAAAUACUUAAUGAAAUUACUGACUUAAGCUGUAAAAUUGAAUUGCAUUAUGUUUGUGAAGCGCGUCAAUUACUUGUCCAGCAGUCGUUUAGCUCGUAACACGUAAAACGAGUAACAAUAAACAAUAUUAAUUGUAAACAAAUGCUUUGUAUAUAUCAAAAAAACAAAAAAUACACAAAUCUGUAUAACACUA